UUUUUUUUAGCUUUUCUCUUUUUCAUAUAUCCUUUCAUAUUCCUUGAAUGAACAGAUCAAUUCGUCAUUGUAGGUGCGGAUCUACCACUCAUCUUCGAACAAGCCAUUAUGAAUGUCCACUCAAUCAAAACAAACAGCCAACUGCGCAUAACAGUAGCGUCAAUUUAUGCAGGUGCGGAUCUGACACUCAUUCUCGAACAACCCAUUACGACUGUCCUUUAAACAGAAGUACUCGGCGAAGAUAUGAAGAUUGUCAAGUACAUCAAGGUUCUCAUCAACUACAUGGAGAUUCCAACCAGCGCGUCAGCUCUUCUCUCAUUUGCUCUCGCUGUGGUCGUAGAGGUCAUUCAAGUGCACAUAACAGGUCAUGUCCUUUCAACAAAUUAAACAUCAUCAACGAGCGUCUAGGCGCACAGUACAAUCAAGCUGCUUCUUCUAUCUCAUUUGUCCCAGAAUCUGUCUUUGGUUCCUAUGUUCGCGACGAUCAAGGUCCCAACUAUCACCGGCAUCUACUCCCUCCAUUUGAAACUAUCUGUUCGACAUCCGGAGCGUUAAUGUGUAUCGAGGAACGACUUCAAUCAGCAACAUCAACCCGUCUGCAAUUCAGCUUAUGUUGUUCAAAUGGUAAAAUCAACCUCCCACUUCCAACACCACCUCCAGAAGAAAUGCUUUCCAUGUUACUUGGUGACAGAACCACAAAUGAAACGAUUGCGGAUUUCCACACCAACAUUCGAUCAUACAAUACUUUGUUUGCCUUUGCGUCCACCGUGGCAAAUGUAGAUCAAAGUCUUCUUUGGCAAGGUAGCAACAGACCAACAACAUUCAGAAUUAAUGGAACCAUUUACCACUGUAUUGGUGCUUUACGAUCAAACAACUAUCAACAAUCCAAUUUUUCUCAGGCAAGUAUAUAAAUUUAAUAUUUUUAAAUCAAAUCAUCAUCCACUAACCUCUUUUUUUUUUUUUUUUUUUUUUUU